CAUCUGUACCGGAGUAGAGAGAAGGCUCUGCAGGGGCGGAAACUGCUGUAAGACAGGAAGAUCGACUAAGCGGCUGUUUGGCUUCAUGACCUCAGAGAGAGCGGGUGGAGAAAACGCUGUAAUUGGACUAAAUCUUAUGGCACAUGACACCAAGUACACGGAGUUGGAAUCACUGAAGUACCUGGCAAGGCGAGAAAUCUGACACCGUCAACAAAGAAAGUGGUAAACGAGGAUGCCGAGUAUCAAGUUUCAGAGUGGGGACACAGUAAUGGGCCGCUGGCCCGGCAGCAGCCUGUUCUACGAGGUCAAGGUACUGAGCUACGAUGCCAAGAAUCAGCUCUACACUGUUAUCUACAAGGACGGCACUGAACUGGAGCUCAGAGAGGCUGACAUGAAGAAUCCCACUGGGUUCAAACCAAGCCGUCGCUCUCGUUCACGCUCCCCGUCGCGGCGGCGUAGUCGCUCCCGUAGCCCAGCCAGGACCACCAGGCGCUCCUCGUCACGCACUGUCAGCAGCACCUCCAUCACGGAGACCCACAAUGCAAGCAAGGAGCCCAAACUGAAAGAAGUGCUGGAGGUCAGACUCGUUCCUGUGGCAAAGCCAAUUGAGAACAAUAUCAACAAUAAGCAUGAAAUGACAGAGGAGAAUGAUACUGCUAACAAAGUCAACAAGAAGCCUGCAGAGGUGGAGCCAGAGAAGAAAGUAGUAGAGAGCCGCUACAACUUGAGACGCAGGAAGGAUGACGGUGAUGCCAAGCCAGCCGAGCAUACGGAGGAGGUUGAGCAGAAGCCUGCAGUAGCCACAGCCCCCAUCACCACUGAGCUGGAGUUUGGAGGGAGGCUAGGAGUGUUCUGCAUGACUCUGCUCCUGCCUGCGACUGUGUUGGGCCUGAUGGUGGUUUGCAGUCAGGAGGAUGCCAGCCUGAUGAGCUCCCCCCCUCUGCCUGCCCUUGACUCCCUGUGGGACGUACAGGUGUUUGGCAUGGUGGUCCUCUGGUUGCUCUUCCAGGCCCUGCUCUACAUGCUGCCUGUUGGAAAGGUUGUGGAAGGAAUGCCCCUGAAGAAUGGAGAGAGGCUGAAAUACAGAAUGAACACCCUCUAUGCCUUUGUGCUGACGGUGGCUGCCCUGGGGGCUGCAGUGCACCAUAAGAUAGACCUCAGCUACAUCCACAGCCACUUCCUCCAGCUGGCUGUGUCUUCCCUGCUCUGCUCUGGACUACUUAGUGUCUACCUGUAUGUCCGCUCUCGCUGGGCAACCCAGGACCUGCUGGCCCCUGGAGGAAACUCUGGGAGUGUUAUUUAUGACUUCUUCAUGGGAAGUGAACUUAACCCCCGGAUCAAAGGCUUUGAUCUCAAAUACUUCUGUGAACUGCGCCCAGGAUUGAUUGGUUGGCUGGUGAUCAAUGCUGCCAUGGCUCUGGCUGAGAUGCAACUCCACCACCUGGACUACCCCUCACCAGCCAUGAUCCUGGUCAACUGCUUCCACCUGCUCUAUGUGCUUGAUGCCUUCUGGCAUGAGGAGGGCGUUCUGAGCUAUAUGGAUAUUACCCAUGAUGGGUUUGGCUUCAUGCUGGCAUUUGGAGACUUAAUGUGGGUCCCCUUCACCUUCAGCCUCCAGGCCUACUACCUGGUUCACCACCCCAAUCACCUCUCUCUGCCCUGGAUCGUAGGCAUCGUCAUUCUCAAUGUCAUUGGAUUUAGCAUCUUCCGUAAAGCAAACUCACAGAAAAACUCCUUCAGAAGAAAUCCAUCAGACCCCACAUUAUCCCAUCUGAAGACUAUCCCUACUGCCACUGGGAAGAGUCUCCUGGUAUCUGGUCUAUGGGGUCUUGUCCGUCACCCCAACUACCUGGGUGACCUUAUCAUGGCUCUGGCAUGGUCCCUACCCUGUGGGUUCACCCACGUCCUGCCAUACUUCUAUGUGAUCUACCUAUCCAUCCUACUGGUUCACCGGGAGGCCCGAGACGAGGCCCAGUGUAGGAGGAAGUACGGCUCGGCGUGGGAUGACUACUGCCGAGAAGUCCACUACCGCAUCAUCCCCAGAGUCUACUGAGGCCUAUGCCACGCCCUUCAAUUCUGCGAGCUUACGACUCAUCACACGGCUGCACGAGUUCACUGAGAAAAAACAAGUUGUUUGGAAAUUAGUUUGAGGACAUUUGAAUUUUGGAAAGGGGGACACUUGAUUCUUGGAAGUAUCACGAGCGGCUUUCUUUUGAAGUUACAUGGUUUUAGGAAGGUAAACACUCACUGGCCGGCUGAAUUUGGUUUAUGCCUUUGUUUAGAGAGAAACAUUUGAAAAAAAUAAGCCUCAUAAUCUAGUGAAGUGAUGUGUAUAUAUUUUUGUACAUAUACAUUUUUUUAACUGAAAAAUACCUAACAACAUUGCAUAUUUGGUCUGUGUUAAAGUGUUCUUUGCUCCCAUAUUCGAAGUAUACAAUAUUUUCUUGGCUUUUAUUUUGAGGUAUUUUGUAAUGAUAUCUUUGGUGUGCGUUACUUGUGUACAUUGUGAAUGAUGGGAUUUAAAUGCUCUUUUUUUCCACUGUACAGUUGACAUAGGACUAUGACGUUCUCCCUCAGGAUCACGACGUUGUCACAAAAUUGCAUUUAAGUUUUAAUUUAUAUUUUUUUAUAUAGAUAUGUAGCCUAUUGUUAACUGAGAGUGUAAAAAAAAAUGGGGUGGUUUUAAAUGCAUUAUGUGAGAUUGCGUUUUAUAACCGAAGUCUAUUAUUUGUCUUUGCUACCUCAGGUUCUGUCAAAUUCCUCCCCAGUCCUCUGGAUGGUGGUGUUGCUUAGUGCUCCUGUGAUAGUAACAGUCACUGUUUCAGAGGGAAGACAACCCAUCUGUUAUCAAAUAUACAUACACAUAAUCUUAUUUAAAACCAUUAAAAUUUGCAAGGGUGCUUACAGACAGUAUCCAUUCAAGCACCACAAACCUUAAGUUAUUCAAGGCCGUACUUAAAAAAAAAAAUGUCAGACAUUGUUUUUAAAUGUUCUUUUUUAUUAUUUUUAUUUGAGGAUUUUAACCAAGUUUAUACUGUGAUAUUCUGCACAAUGCUGUGUAGUGUGGUGGCCUUCUGGCAACAUUGGUGUUUUAUCCUGUGCAUUCUCAAACCCAAACAAGUAUUUUUGGACCCAGCUGUAGAUGAACAGCAUCGCAGCAAUAUGUCAACUAGAAUAUGUGGCAUUUUAUGUGACUGAAUGCAUUGUACAUAUUCUAAAUUUGUUUUCUAUUCUAAGUAAAAAAAUAUUCAAGUUAAUGCUAGUAAUCAUAGAUAUUAUGUUCCACAAGUAGAUAUUUAAAGUUACAUUUGAUUUUAACUUUUGUUUUUAAGUUAAUUGCCUGAAUUACCACUGUAGCCAUUUUUGUUCACAGCUAGAUCUGCCGUUAUUACUGACUCAGUCAUCUGAGAAGAUUACUUGUGAUUUGAGUCAUUUAUCAUGAACUAUUUCUCAUUGAGCCACGUUCUGUACCCAACCCCUGUGUUUGUGGCGGAUGGGACUGGUAAUAAUAUCCUGUUUUGGUCAGCUGGUAGUUUGUCAAAGCUAAAAGUUGGAAGUAACUAAGAAUUUGGAAGAAGACCCAAGGUUUUUGACUCAUUCAAUUCUGGUGGAGACAGGUCAAACCUGUGACAGUGGCUGGAAAGCUUGCAUUGUACAAACAUUUUGGCAAAAAAAAUAAAGAUUUCCACUUACAUUA